CGACGGGGGCGGGGCAGCCGCUCGCUUCCGUUCCCUGGGCGGCCGGUGAUGCUGCUUGUCCAUCGGCGGCUGCCGUACCGACCGCUCUUCCCGCCGCUGAGGGCCGGUUGCGCGGUGGAUCGCGGGCGCUUUUGAACCGCCAUGAGCCUGUGGGUGGACAAGCACCGUCCCGCGUCCCUCGGCAAGCUGGACUACCACCGCGAGCAGGCGGCGCAGCUCCGCAACCUGGUUCAGUGUGGCGACUUCCCUCAUCUGUUGGUGUACGGACCAUCAGGAGCUGGAAAAAAGACAAGAAUAAUGUGUUUGUUAAGGGAAUUAUAUGGUGCAGGAGUGGAAAAACUGAGGAUUGAGCAUCAAAGUAUAACGGCACCUUCUAAAAAGAAAAUUGAAAUUAGCACCAUUGCAAGUAAUUAUCACCUUGAAGUUAAUCCAAGUGAUGCGGGGAACAAUGACCGUGUAGUGAUACAGGAGCUCUUGAAGACAGUAGCACAAUCACAACAGCUUGAGACGAGCACUCAACGAGAUUUUAAAGUGGUGCUGUUAACAGAAGUCGACAAACUCACUAAAGAUGCUCAGCAUGCUUUGCGAAGAACAAUGGAGAAGUACAUGGCGACCUGCAGGUUGAUCCUGUGCUGCAACUCCAUGUCAAAAAUUAUAGGACCUAUUCAGAGCAGAUGCCUGGCUGUACGAGUGCCUGCUCCCAGCAUUGAAGAUAUCUGCCAAGUCUUGUCCACUGUGUGUAAGAAAGAAGGCCUGACUCUUCCUCAGGAGCUGGCUCAAAGGCUUGCAGAGAAAUCUGGCAGGAAUCUUCGGAAAGCACUACUUAUGUGCGAGUCCUGCAGAGUACAGCAGUAUCCUUUUACUGCUGAUCAGGACAUUCCUGAGAUGGACUGGGAAAUUUAUUUGAGAGAAACUGCAAAUGCUAUUGUGAGUCAACAGACACCACAAAGGCUUUUAGAGGUCCGUGGACGGCUUUAUGAACUCCUGACACACUGCAUUCCUCCUGAGAUUAUAAUGAAGGGCCUUCUGACAGAACUUCUAAGUAACUGUGAUGGGCAACUGAAAGGAGAAGUUGCACAGAUGGCGGCCUUCUAUGAACACCGCCUGCAGCUGGGCAGCAAAGCCAUUUAUCACCUGGAAGCGUUUGUUGCAAAAUUCAUGGCAAUUUACAAGAAAUUUAUGGAGGAUGGACUAGAUGACAUGAUGUUCUGACUGAUGCCAAAGUCAUACACAGAAUGUUGUGUCACAAUGCCAGUAAUGUUGCAAAUGUCUACUUGUCCAUGCUCGAUCGAAUGUAGGUCUAGUUCAAAAUCAGAUAUUUUAUUUUGAUAUUAAUGUAAAACAAAGUGAAAUAAAGAACAGUGUUUGUUCUGUUUUAGAAACCAGA